AUGUCGAACCGGAAUCCGAUGGAGGAGUAUAUGCAGCGGUUGCAAGCUCCACCACAGUUUGCUUUCGGCGCCAUCGGCGGCCUAGUCCUCCUUCUCGGAGGCGGUAUGGCCCUGAGCAACGCGCUCUUCAACGUCGAUGGUGGUCACAGGGCGAUCAAGUAUAAGAGAAUAAGUGGUGUGGGCAAGGAGAUCUACAACGAAGGAACGCAUUUCAAACUACCCUGGUUCGAGCAAGAGGUCAUUUACGACGUACGAGCGAAGCCCCGGAACGUGUCCUCCCUUACUGGCACCAAGGACCUGCAGAUGGUCAACAUCACCUGCCGUGUCCUAUCCAGACCAGAGAUCCAGGCCCUGCCCCAGAUUUACCGAACCCUCGGCCAGGACUACGACGAGAGGGUGCUGCCCUCCAUUGUGAACGAGGUGCUCAAGAGCGUGGUGGCCCAGUUCAAUGCCAGCCAGCUGAUCACCCAGAGAGAGAUGGUGGCCAGGCUAGUGCGGGAGAAUCUCUCCCGGAGAGCGUUGCGCUUUAACAUCCUGUUGGACGACGUUUCUCUGACGCACCUCGCAUUUUCUCCCGAGUUCACGGCAGCAGUGGAAGCAAAGCAGGUCGCACAGCAGGAGGCGCAGCGCGCAGCUUUUGUCGUCGACAAGGCCCGCCAGGAGAAGCAGGCAAUGGUGGUCAAGGCGCAGGGUGAGGCACGCUCUGCAGAGCUGAUCGGUGACGCCAUCAGGAAGAACAAGGCGUACGUCGAGCUGAAGAAGCUGGAGAACGCGAGAGCCAUCGCGCAGAUCAUGCAGGAGAACGGCGGCAAGAACAGGCUGCUGCUGGAUGCGGAGGGUCUGGGCCUGAACGUGUUUGAGAAGAAGGAGGGUGAAAACAAAUAA